UCUGAUACCUAAUCCAUUGCACUUGAAAUAGUUUUCUUUUCCAAGAUUAUUUGGAUAAAGUACAGAAUAUCAUGCCACCUACCUGUGCAGGUUUCCCAUUUAAUAGUUGUUAUGAGAAGUUAAUAAUGUGCUCUAAGUUGUUUGUUAAUAACAUGAAGGAUGAAGUUCCCUGCUCCAAAAGUUGUGAUGUGUUUGCCAUUUCAUCUCUCCAAGUGCUCUCUUGUGGUCCCCAAUGCUGCCUGAGCACAGCAGUGACCAGAACUCUCAGCCACCAGACUGUUUUACUGAGAAACAAGUGUAAGACUUUUGUUGAAUGGUCUUUGCACCAACACCACAGUCAAAUCUUUGGAUCUGAAGGGAAAUAACCUGCGAACCAUGGGAGCUGAGGCUUUGGGAAAACUUCUUAAGCAGAACAAAUCCAUCAGGAGCCUGACCUUAGAAUGGAACAGCCUCGGCAUGUGGGAGGAGGGCUUCUCCUUUUUCUGCCAAGGGCUGAGAGCAAACAACUUUCUUCAGCGUCUGGAUCUGCGCAAUAACCAGAUUAACCAUCAAGGGGCUGGAGAGCUGGCCAUGGCACUGACACAAAACACCAGCCUUCAGGAGCUGGAUUUGCGAUGGAAUAACAUUGGGCUUCUGGGUGGCCGAGCCUUGCUGAACUGCUUGCAUAGCAACAGGACCCUGAAGAGGCUGGAGCUGGCAGGGAACAAUGUUCCUGGUGACAUCCUGAAAGCUGUGGAACACGCCUUGGAUCACAACCAAGACCGUGAGGCUAUCCUGAGUGAGGCCCAGAACCAAGUGAGCAUCCUCAGCAAGGAGGUUUUGAGUCUGAAGGAUGAGAAGAACAAGCAGUUCAUGGAUUUUGUGGAUACUGUAGACAAGCAGAAAGAAGAAAGAGCCAGGAGUGAGAAAAUGUCUGCAGUACGAGUCAGCCAGCUGCAGGAAGCAUUGGAUGAGCAGUACUCCAUUAUGAAUUCACUGAAAACCAAGCUGCAGAUGACUGAAGCUGCCCUGGCUCUGUCUGAGCAGAAGGUGCACACGCUGGGAGAGCUGCUGAAUGCCAUGAAACAGGAACAAAACUCCGUGGCUGAGUGCCACCUCAGGGAGCUCCAGCAACAAAAGCAGGAAGGUGCUGAUCGGGAAGGCAGGCUUUUGCAUGACUUGUCUGCUGCCAGGGAGAAAAAUCUGCUGCUGAGAAAUCAGGUGGAUGAGUUGGAGAGGAAGUGCAAAGUUCAGCAGGAUCAGCUGUUCCUGGUGAAACAAGACUUGACCAACACAACAGCAGAGCUGAAGCUGCGGGCUGUGGAGGCUGAGGAACGUCUGGAAAUGGAGAAAAGAAGAUGUAAACAAAGCCUUGAAGACAUGGAAUCCCUUCGGGUAAAAGAGGUGGAUCGAAUGGCACAGCAGAUGGAGGCCAGUGAGCGCUCCAUGCACGACAGGAUCCAGAGGCUGGAGGCCAUUAGGAUAUCUCUGGAUGAGGAGCUGAGCCAAGUCAAAGCAGCUGCACUGGCUGAGCGAGGCCGGGCAGAGGAGGAGUUAGUGAAAGUCAGGAGUCAGGCACGCCUGGAGGAGCAGCAACGGCUGGAACACCUAGAAGAGAAGCUGCGGCUGAUGACUGAGUCAAGGGAUGAAGCUCAGAACUGCUGCCUUAAGCAAAAGGAAAUGGUUGCUGAGGCCCAGGCCAAAGCCAAACAGUUGAGCCUGUGUGCUGAUGGACUCAGGAGGAGGCUGAAUGAACUUCAGCAGGACCUGGACAGGAAGGAAGAGGAGAAAGUGACAGAGGUAAAUAAGCUGAAAGUGGAAUUGCAGGAGCAGAUUGGGCACCUGGACGCUGAACGCACAGCCCAGGAUGGGCUGAGAGAGAAGAUUGCAGCUCUGGAAAGACAGCUGAAAGCCCUAUCCAGUAAUCACCGUGAAGCACUGCUGGACAAGGAGGGUGAGAUCUCUCUGCUGCUGGAGAAGCUGAGAAUGAAGGAGGCUGAGAUCUCCAGGAUGAGGGAAGAGGAGGCCCAGCGAGCCAGUUUCUUGCAGAAUGCCAUCAUGGCAUAUGUGCAGGGAUCUCCCUUGGGAAGUUCUAGGAAGUGAGAGUGUGGCUUCCUGCUGUCAGGGAAAGGGUGAGCUCAGGUACAACUCCUUUCUAAAUGGACAGUUUUAUCAGAGUGGGGUGACACAAAGGCUCACAAAUAGACAAAUGCUCUUGAUGUUCAGAAAUCUUCCUCCUGACAACACAGAGGAGAGGAGGAAACGACCGUCCAGGCCCAUGGGUGUGAGUCCAUGAUGUCGAGCCCCCUCCCCUGCUGUGCCACAGCCUGUUAGUACAGGGGGUUACCGGCGGGUUUGUAUGUUCCCUGGCUAGGUCCUGCUGCAGCAUUUGUUUGGGUGCCAAGGCUGUUCACAGAGAAUUUUGAGAAAAAGCGACAGGAGUGUUUACAGUUCCCUGUGGGCUGGAGCAAUUUGCCUUGCCAAUGGGAUCCUGAAACUGCUGGAAACACCAGGUAUUACCCACUUGUGCUUUCUCACCCAGUGUUUACAGACAGGAGCAGAGUCUGACGGGGCCCUCUCUGGCUUGUUUACCCUCCCUCUGUGGCUCUGGCUGUAUUGGUGUGCCGUAGAAACACAUUUGGCAUAGACAGAAACUGCUGCACCGAGGGGCUUCAGUGCAGUGCUGUCCGUGCCCUUGUGGGACUGCUGGGCUUGGGCAGUGGUUCUACUUCUGCAGCCCUUACCUGAAGAUGUUGUGGCAAGUAUUGCUACAGGAUUUAGUUUCACUAUGGCAAAUGGCAGAGCUGUUCUCCUGGCUUCUCAGGCUCCUAGAACUGAGUGCUGUGGCCUUAACCUGGAGAGGAGUGAUUCUCUCACAGCUUCUGCUGUGACACUGGGGAGUUGUUUCUCAGAGCACAAAGGGGAGAAGGUGGUUCCUCUCCUGACAGCGCAUGACCUGGAGAAAGGGAAGGAUUACUAGAGCCUGAACUGGAGACAGCAGAAGCUGUUGUCAGGCCAGCAGUAUUGAGCCUUGAGGGAGUUCUUCCUGUGAGUCUGGGGUGGGAACAUGUCUUAGAGUACAUAUUUUAAGAGACACCUGGAAAAUGAAAGUUUCUGUGGGGACUGGUUGCUUUGUGUUCAUUUUUUAUACUUGGUUUUGCUCUGCUUAAUAAAGUACUUUUGCAUUUUGCCAUUA